AUGAAGACAUUGGUCGAACCGCUAAAACUGCGAAGCGUGCCUACACAGGCAGAAGUUAAAACCGAAGAAUUGGGUAUCAUGACCAGAAAGCUGGGUUCCUUGGCAACACGUGCAUGCACGUUUCUUUUCCCACUUUUUGGUUUGUUCGUCGCCACCCUUCAACUGUGUGAUGCCUAUCUUCACGCUGCCCCUCGACCGGUAACUACUGGCCGUUCAGAGGCCACACUGCCUUGGUCUCAGGAUGAAGUGAACCGCCUGACUCGGACUCCGCAUUGUCAAGUGAUUCUCGUGGAAAGCAUGCCAGAAAACUUAACCUAUUCAAUGGAUGCACCACGACACGCAUCAACUUAUUUCUCAUGGAAUUUACUCCUCUCCCAAGCCACCGAAUCCGUUUCAAUCGCCUCAUUCUAUUGGAGUCUGCUCGCCGAGCCAAAGUACAAUGCGAGUGCGGUGACCGAGGGUCGUAAUAUCUUCGAACAGUUGCUCGAAAAGAGUGGCAAGUUGAAUGUGACCAUCGCUCAGAGUGGUCCCCGAAAAAAUGAUACGGAGUUGGAACAACUGGAAGCUGCGGGUGCAACUAUCUACUGGGUGGAUGUUGCCAAACUUCUCGGACGUGGUAUUAUACACACCAAACUGUGGACGGUGGACAACAGACAUGGCUAUUUGGGCAGUGCGAACAUGGAUUGGCGAUCAUUGACCGAGGUGAAGGAGCUCGGAGUUCUAUUCCUAAACUGUCCUUUGUUUGUGGAAGAUUUGAACAAAAUUCACAAAGGUUAUUGUGCCGCUGCGGACAGUAUACCCCGAGAAUGGCCGUCGGAUCUGAUUACCCAGUACAAUCGUUCGAACCCAAUGCGAGUUUCAAUCAACGGAUUCCCAUCCCUGGUCCACUUAAGCGCCUCCCCGAAGGAAUUCAAUCCACCUGGACGUUCAUUUGACUUGGACACAAUUUUGGACGUGAUCAAUAAGGCGGAAAAAUUUAUCCACAUCUCUGUGAUGGACUACAGUCCUGAGAUUGUCAGCUACGACCAGCAUUUGCGAAGCGAGGAACAGCAACUGAUUCCUCAUGCUCGAGUGAACCACAACAAGUAUAUGGUAACUGACAAGACAGCCUAUAUCGGGACAUCCAACUGGUCCGGUGACUAUUUCCUGUAUACCGGUGGCGCGGCGUUCGUGGUGGAAGAGGAUCGGUCCCUACCAAGGCCCGAUGAGGAAGCCGGUAUCCCGCAUAAAUCGAUUCGGGAUCAACUGGUUGAUAUUUUCCGUCGUGAUUGGAAUUCAGAGUAUACUUUUGAACAAUAA